AAAUAGAUUACAGACUACUAGCCCUAUGCAUCGGACCCUAACCAAAUCAGAAUUGAACCUCUCCACUCUCACUCACUCGCCCAAUCUAUCUUCUUCUGCUGCCCCGUUUAACGCCUGAACGGACGGUGACCCACUCCGCCGCAGCCGCUUAAAUCCUAAAAGUUUUGAAGAGUUGGGCACAUUUCUUGGUAUUGCUUCUCAAAAGGGUGAGAAAAUAGCUUCUAGAAUGAUCCAGGAAGUUGUGCCGUUUCUCCGAGUGAAAAGACUCUCAGAGAAAGCCAUUUUGCCAUCUAGGGGUUCCCCUCUUUCAGCUGGCUACGAUCUCUCUAGUGCCGUGGAGACGAAGGUUCCAGCUAGAGGAAAAGCUCUGGUGCCAACGGAUCUCAGCAUCGCUGUUCCUGAAGGAACGUAUGCUCGAAUUGCACCGAGGUCUGGGCUGGCGUGGAAGCACUCGAUCGAUGUGGGGGCGGGAGUGGUGGAUGCUGACUACCGGGGGCCGGUUGGGGUGAUCCUUUUUAACCAUUCCGAUGUUGACUUUGAAGUGAAGGCCGGAGAUAGAAUCGCACAGUUGAUCAUCGAGCAGAUUGUGACCCCGGAAGUGGCUGAGGUUGAUGAUCUUGAUUCCACGGCUCGCGGCUCCGGUGGGUUUGGAUCUACUGGUGUCUAAGAACUUGAUGUUUCUCGUCAUUGGUAAGUUAUUAUGGUAGAUAAUGGUGAAGGAUGAUACAAUUGAAAUAUCGGAUUUGGGAUUUCUGUCCUGGUUCAGUCUAUUUGGUGUAAGCAAUUUCGGCCGUCCUCGUAUUAACAUGGAAAUUGAGUUACUAUUAGUUGUUUCACUGA